UACGUAGAUGAAAAAUGCCUUAUGGUACGACACAAAGCCUGCCCAAAGACAUCAUGUCAUCCUCUUGCAGCAUUGGCAUGAAUGCUAAGACCACCAUAGCACCUAGCCUUCCAGUGAGAUGCCCUGACAAUACUGCACUCAAACAACAGAAACUUCCAGCCUGGAAGCCCCAACUCACCCCAGCACCUGUCCUUUCCAGCUUCUUUAUCAUUAGCCUCUUCUGCCUUGCAAUGGGAAUUGCACUGAUACUGGCUGCGACAAGCGUCAAAGAAAUAAAGAUUAAUUAUUCGGAGAUAUGCUCGCAUUGUUCAAAGCUGCGUGAAAACUCAUUCAACUGGGAGAAGGAAUGCCAGUGUUUCACCAACUUCACACUCCAGGAAAACAUGCAGGGUGAUGUCUUCAUGUACUAUGGAUUGCAUAACUUUUAUCAGAAUCAUCGUCGCUAUGUUCAUUCCAGGAGCGAUGCACAACUGUUGGGCCGGAAGGCAAAUAUUCAGAACAGCAAUUGUGCACCUUUUGCAACUUAUGAAAAUGGGACACCUGUGGCUCCAUGUGGUGCAAUUGCAAACAGCAUGUUCAAUGACACCAUACAACUUUCCUACUAUCCUGCUUCUGCAGUGGCUAUCCAGGUCCCACUGCUGAAACAAGGGAACGCGUGGUGGACAGAUAAAAAUGUGAAAUUUCACAAUCCGUCAGCACACAACUUGUCUUCUGCAUUUGCCGGAACAGCAAGACCACCAUACUGGCAGAAACCAGUGUAUUUAUUAGAUGAAGAAAAUGAAGAGAACAAUGGCUACACAAACGAAGACUUUAUCAUCUGGAUGCGAGUAGCAGCCUUUCCUACAUUCAAGAACCUUUAUCGUCGCCUCAGUCGCACCAAGGAGUUUGCAGAUGGGCUCCCAGCAGGGACUUAUGGCCUACAAAUAUCCUAUAAUUUCCCAGUUACAAAGUUCAAAGGGGAAAAGCAAGUGGUCUUCUCAACAGUAACAUGGAGCGGGGGAAGAAACCCUUUCCUGGGAAUAGCGUACACUGUUACGGGUGCCGUGACUCUCCUGGCAAGUUGUAUCAUUACAGUAAUUCACUUGAAAUUUGAGAAAAAAGAAAACAGGACAAAAUAGAUGGUUCCUUUUAUUUGACAGAAAAUUUCAAGAACAAUUCCUCCGGCAAGCAAGAGACCAGAAAUAUGGACAUAGCUCAAUUGACUAAGGGCAGGUGUGAGAAACGUGUGGCCCUCAAGAUGUUGCUGAACUAAAACUUCCAGCAAGCAUGGUUAGUAGCUAGGGAUGAUGGGAGUUGUAGUUCAGCAACAUCUGAAGGGGUCAAAGGUUAUCUGCACCUGGACUAGGCUUACAGCCCUAGUUGUAGAACACACACACACACGUGAGAACAUUAAAUCAGGCAAAUCUCCACUUGCAAUCUGAAGUGAUAUAACCCAGCCACACGUUUGCCACCUUAGUUGUCCAAAGAAAGUGAGUGCAUUAACACCAGAUUUGGCAAUGUGUUUGAGCAGAGCCUUGGAUCUCCACACUGCCUCAGCCCCCCCCCUCUGCACAGUGGUUUCUAAAUCUUCCAGAUUCUCAGCACGCCAUAGUCUUUACAUAAACUAAGAACCCAAAAGGACAGUUCUGGGUUUGGCAAAUAAUGGUUUGCUCAAAUUAGUCUGCUUAGUGCAGCUGCAAUGACAAAGCACAGUUUACCAAGAACACGGAAGGAAGUUUAGAAAGUGUGGUAUGCAAGGGAAAAAGGGAGUGUGUGUGUGAAGUCUCUGCUCAUGGAGCUAUGGGUUGAUGGCCCAUCUGAAUUCAUCUAGUACUUCUAAGUAUAACAAAUGCUCUACUAUGAACUUUGCCAGUAUAUUUGGUCUAGGUUAAAAGUUCAGGCAAAUUCUCAUGUAACAGCAAUGCAAAUCCCAGAUCUCUGGCUCAUCCUCUGUGGUAGUAACUCUGUCCCUGAAAGAGUUAUAGGGAAACAGCAUGUUGCAAAAAAUGUAUAGUUUAAAAAGGAAGAAACUGUCAGUACAAGUAGUAUUGUACAUGAAUCUGUUCAUUAAUAUGUCUAUUUUCCUCGCCCAACCCUUCAGACCAGAUUUGGAGCUGGUGCAGGGCCUGUGGUGGUGGGGAAAGAAGGGGGAAUCCUGUUGCAUUAACCCUUGCUCUAGCACACCUUUUUAGCUGAAUAUUGCUCGAUGCAUUUUAAGGCCUUACUCUAUUCUUAGCAUAAUGGUGAUGGUCAUAAGAGCAGCCCUGCUGGAUCAGAUCAAGGAUCCAUUCUACUCCAGCAACCUGUCUCCCACAGUGGCCAGCCAGAUGCUUCCUGGAAGUCCACAAGCUGGAAACGAAGGGAACAGCCCCACUCCAAGCUCUUUGCCUGUCUGACAACAGGUAUUCAGAGAAAUAUCACCUCUGAAGCUGGGGAUUUUAUUUAGUUAAUGGCCAUCACUAGACAGACCUAGGCUCUGAGGUUUUAUCUAAGCCUGUGGCUGUUACCAUAUCUUAUGACAGUGAAUUCUGUAAAUUAUGGGUUCUAUGAAGAAGUACUUAAUAGAGUUCAUCUGUUUGGCACCAUCCUUCCAGUAUUAAGAGACCAAGAAUCAAUAAAGAAUGGUUCUCUGAGAUUAACCCUUUGAUUUAUUUCAGCACUUUUAUAUUUCAUCCCCAUUUCAAAAAAGUAACUGGGCGCAGCGCUAUCAAAUUGUGCAAGCAAGGAAGAUUGGUAGAGUUAAGGCAGACAAGGCAUAGCAGUAUAGGUCUCUGUUUGUAUCAGUGCAGGCAAAGUGAACCAAUGAACCAUCAGAACAAGUAUACAAUGUGUAAGGCUAACCUGCAUUGUUACGGAGGUUCUAAUGUUCAUGAAAAGUAUUCUUGAUAAAAAAUCAAAAUUGUCCUAUCUGCUGAAUGGAAGGUGUUCAUCAAAAGGAUGCUGUAAUUGAUGGCUAAUCAGUUGGGAUAUUUAGCAUUAGUAAGCUCCAAAAUAGAAUCUACAUACUUCCCCUGAACUGAUGUUGCACAAGAAUGAUUGUUUUCCAGUCUGAGCAGAACUUCCACACUGUGCAUUUUAUUAAAAGGUUUUAACACAUACAUAAAAAAUGUUAUUAAUUUGAUCUAAAUUCUAGCAACAUAUACAAAUACAGAGUGACUACAGAACAUGCUGAGGUAAGAAAGUACAUUCUAGGAAAAUAACCACUCAACACUAUUUGCAUCCAUCUCACCUGCGCUAACACAGAAACUCCUUUGUAUACAGUGAAACAGUACCAAUAUUGGGCUAAAAACAAAAAACACUUAGUACAAUAGUUGCCUGUGCUGUGUGUCUUACAUUCAGGAAUCAAUAAAUUAGUGCCUAAAACAAGGGGCAGUAAUCAAGAAAGCUGUUUUCAUCUGACACAUUUAAUUUUGAUACAUUCAACUGCUCACACAGUUCCUUUUAUAUUGUAACGGUUGAUGUGCUGGCAAGCUUAGAGUUGAGGGUGGGCUGGCUUAUAAUGAAGUUUGUGGGUUUGGAUACCUGCAAUACUUCAAACUAAGCAUAUAUACUUGUGUGUACAAUUCCAGAAAUAAUUGUGUGUACAAUUCCAGCCCUGCAAUGGCUUUUGGUAGUUCUUUGUAUGCAUACUUGUAAAUUUUUGUAAGAAACAUCACACACACACACACACACACACACACAGAGGGAGAGAGAGAAAGAGUUCUAGACUUUGGCAUGGUACAAGUGCACCAAGCCACCCUAACUGGGGCAACAUUCAAGUUAAAACAGAGUGCAAUCCGCUACAUGUUUAAUCAGUUGUAAGCCUCACUGAAUUCGCUGGGCUUACUACUCCCAGGUAAGUGGAUACAGGAUUGCAGCCUCAGUUUUUUUUGAAGAAUAGCUACCGUAAGUUUAGAAUCUGAACAGAAAAUUCACUUCUAAGAAUAAUUUGUAGUAUCUACCAAACUUAGGUUCUUCUAAUUCACCAGGCAUUUAGAAAUUAGCUAUGAUUGUUUUCCUGUUGCUGUUAUGCCAUUACUUUUAUAGUUUGACAUUGCUUAUUUGAAUAUUUUUAAUGUAGUAUCUGGUACACUGACUUGUAACGUGCUGAAAAGUGAUAUAUAAAU